AUGGCCUGGGUCCGCGAUGUGUGCACCGGCGGGAAACUCUCGGCGCCUUCGCGCGCAACCCCCGCCACGUUCCGGAGACUUGCGAAAGACACGCGCGGCCAGCGCCAUGGCGUCGAGGCCACGGAUGGCUUUUGGCUUUUGCGGGUCACGGCGUCGACUAAUACCACUUACCAACCCGGGAGGUGGCGAGAGACAAAGGGGAUUCUGCGACGGCGCCUACAACGAUCGAACGCCUCGGGAAUCGGCUACGCCGCCAAGGGGAGGCUGCUCAAUGCGGCCCGAAGCGGGUUCGAGCCUGUCCCGCCCCGAGACGUGCAAAUUUAG